AUGGAGUUUGGAGAUAUUCAGAUGAAUAUAAACAAACUCCAGGAGGAGUUGAAUCUUGUCCAGAAUAGUAAUGUUAUUGUUGAUCAACAUUCUAGAAUAGUGUUUCUCAAUAAGGAAUUAGAGAAAUGGUUUAAUAUUCAAAAAGAGUUAUAUAAUGAAAAAUCUAGGGAUAAAUUUGUAACUGAUAUGGACUACAAUACCAGAUAUUUUCACUCUCUAGUUAAUAGAAAGAAGCAUAGGAAUAAUAUUGAUGCUUUAUGUGAUAAUAGUGAUACUUGGUUUAAUGAUAGAGAUGGUAUUAAUCAGUUACCUACCACUCAUUUUUCCUCUAUAGCUUGUUCUGCUAAUCCCGUGUUUGAUGAUACAACUUUUGAUUAUAUUCCUACUCUGUUAACUGAUGUGAAUAAUGAUUGUUUGAUAAGUACUCCUUCUAAAGAGGAAAUUUUAUAUGUUGUCAAAAGCAUGUCUUCUUGGAGUUCCUCUGGAGCUGGUGGUUUCCAAGCUGGGUUUUAUCAAACCCAAUGGAAACAUGUUGGUAAUGAUGUUGUUGAAGUUGUUGAAAAAUUCUUUGAAUCUGGUUUUAUGCUCAGGAGUCUUAAUAUAACUUAUAUUUCUUUGAUUUCAUAA